AUGAAUACCAAUGAAGUCAUUGCCAAUAUCGCGUUAGAGUCUUUAGGUUAUGCGAAAGGACGUUAUGACAUCAUCCAUCCAAAUGACCAUGUCAAUAAAUCUCAAUCGACCAAUGAUGUCUAUCCCACUGCAUUACGUUUAGCAACUUACUAUUCACUGGAUUUGUUAUUUGAAAAAAUCAAUAAUUUGAUUAGUUCACUGACAUUAAAAUCUGCUGAGUUUCAGUAUGUGUUAAAAAUGGGACGGACCCAGUUACAAGAUGCUGUCCCAAUGACAUUAGGACAAGAGUUUCAUGCCUUUGCGACAUUACUCAAAGAAGAUGUUCGUCUAAUUAAAAAGACCCGUGAAUUUUUAUUAGAAAUUAACUUAGGUGCUACUGCGAUUGGUACAGGGGUAAAUACGCCACAUGGUUAUGCUGCGCAGGUCAAUGAAAAUUUAAAAGCCUUAACAGGUUUAAAUUUAAUUGGUGCAGAAGAUUAUGUUGAAGCGACCAGUGACUGCGGUGUAUUUAUUAUCCUUUCAAGCACCUUAAAACGUUUGGCUGUAAAACUCUCGAAAAUCUGUAAUGACUUACGUCUAUUAAGUUCUGGCCCAAGAACAGGUUUAUGGGAAAUUCGCUUACCUGAAUUACAAGCUGGUUCAUCGAUUAUGCCAGCGAAAGUCAAUCCUGUGAUCCCAGAAGUCGUCAAUCAAGUUGCAUUUAAAGUGAUUGGUAAUGAUUUAACCAUUACCUUUGCAGCAGAAGCAGGCCAAUUACAGUUAAAUGUUAUGGAGCCUGUGAUUGCGCUUACCAUGAAUGAAUCAAUUGAGUUACUGAUCAAUGCGAUUCAAACCUUGGAUGAGAAGUGUAUUCAAGGUGUGGUUGCCAAUGAAAAAACCUGUUUUGAUGCUGUGAUGCGUAGUGUUGGAAUUAUUACCUUACUUGAUCCAAUUUUAGGUCAUGCGAAGUGUGAUGAAAUUGGGAAGCAAUGUAUUGCUGAAAAUAAAACCAUUCAAGAGGUUGUACUUGAACAAGGUUUAUUGAGCCAAGAACGUCUAGAUGAAAUUUUCUCUUUUGAAAAUAUGAUUUCAGAAAUUGCAGUACAGCCAUAUGAAGAAAUCGCUUGGUACUUCUUUCUGGAUGCGCGAAAAAAUCGGAAGAGGCAGCUGAAAGUUCUGCGUCUGCUCCAGAUACAGAAGUCGUUGCUCAGGAUGCUGCACAAGCUGCUGAUGCCGCAGAAAAAAGUACUGAGCAAGCUGCUGAAAAUUCUGUUGAUACCACACCUGUGA